UUUCUUCUCUUCCUUGUGAAAAUGGAGACCUGCGAUAAUGAAUCGUCCUCUCAGCAACUUAUGGAGACCUCCACUGAAAUGCUUACUUACUGCAAGAGCAAGGAAGAUGAACUGCUAAAGAUGGAGAUGAGCCCAUUGCAAGAUGCCAGUGGCCAAAAAGAAAGUACGGUGUUGGCCAUACCAUCUGACCAACGUCCUGUGCAAGAUCACUUAAUCUGGUCUAUAUUUAACACCAUCUACAUGAACUUCUGCUGUCUGGGAUUCCUUGCACUCAUUUUCUCAGUCAAGUCUCGGGACCAGAAGUUGAAUGGAAAGCAAAGUGAAGCCAGGCAAUACAGCACCACUGCCCGCUAUUUAAAUAUCUUCUCCACUGUACUGACUAUACUCUGGUUUUUGAUCACAGUGUCUGUCAUCAUUUAUAACUUUGUGCGACUGAAGACUGCAAUAAGGAGCUGGCUUGGGUUAUAA